CCGGCGGGCGUUUUCUCUCCUCGCCGCAGCUUGUUGUCGCUGUUGUCACUGACCGUUGGUGACUGCAAUAGAUCUUUUGCAUAUUUUACAAUUAAGGACAGACUACCUCAAAUCCUCACAAGAGUUAUUGAUACUCUGCAUCGACAUAAAAAUGAAUUCUUUGAAGAACAUGGUGAGAAGGGUGUUGAAGCAGAGAAGAGAGCUAUAUCCUUCCUCUCUAAAUUACGGAAUGAAGUGCAAACAGACAAGCCAGUGACCCCUUUAGAAGAUGAGCUGCCUGAUACUGCGCUGUGGAACCAAUACCUGGACUAUCAACGAAAUCUAUCAAAUGGAAAUGGAGAACCAAGCUGGUUUCAGGCCCCUUGGUUAUAUGUAGAGUGUUAUAUGUAUCGGAGAAUCCAUGCAGCAUUAGCACAAAACCCACCUAUUGACCACUUUGACGUAUUUAAGGAAGCAAAAGCUCAAAAUUUCUUUGAAUCCCAACAGGCUGUUAUUGCCUUAUGCACUUACUUUCAGGAACUUCUUAAGAAUAUCAAGGAUCUCAAUGAAAAGCAACUGCAGGAGGAACUUUUUAAGCUACUGCAGGUGACAUUGUGGGGAAAUAAGUGUGACCUUUCCUUUUCAGCUGGUGAAGACAGCUCUCAGAAAUCUAGUCCUUUACAAUCCCUGGAAGACCUGACACCUUACAUCUUAGUGAAUGAUAUGGAAAAACUUUGGUCAUUGCUUAUAAAUGCCAAAAAAAACCCUACAGAUAAUUCUAUUGUUAGAGUUGACAUAAUCCUGGAUAAUGCUGGAUUUGAACUUGUAACUGAUCUCGUAUUGGCUGACUUCCUGUUAUCAUCAAAGCUAGCUGAUGAAAUUUAUUUCCAUGGAAAAAGUAUUCCAUGGUAUGUGUCCGAUACCACCAAGCAUGAUUUUAACUGGACUAUUAAACAACUGCAGUCAGCUAAUCACAUGUGGAUGUCUAGAUGUGGGAUAAACUGGGAGGGCAAUUUGAAAAAGGGAGUUUGGGUCUACCAUGAUCACAUGUUUUGGACUUUGCCACAUGAAUUUUCUAGUAUGGCUAAAGUUGCUCCUGAUUUGUAUGCUGAUUUACAGAAGUCAAACUUGCUCCUUUUUAAAGGUGAUCUAAACUAUAGAAAAUUAACAGGCGAUAGAAAAUGGGAAUAUACUGUUCCAUUUUAUCAAGCCUUGAACAAGUUUCAUCCUGCACCCCUCUGUAGUGUGAGAACACUGAAGUCUGACACUCAGGUUGGCCUAAAACCUGGACAAGGUGAAAAAAUUCAGGCUUCUGAACCUGAAUGGAUGAUAAAGGGAAAAUACGGUAUAGUCCAAUUUGAUGCUGUUAUAUGACUCCAGUUAAUAUGGUUCCUGAUAUUCUGAUAGAUUGUCCGAUUACUCUGUUCCAUGCUUGACUUCAGCCAAGACUCAUUUUUUUUGCUUGCACUUUUUUUCCCCAGGUUGGUGGUUGUUAUGGUUCCAUAGAAGAUACUGAUGUUGUGCAAAAGUUUACAAACUGUCUUUGUAUAUAUAAGAUAUAUUAAAAUGCAGGUUGAUUUAUUUUCCUGAUGUCCAAUGUCAACAGAAUAUGUUUAAGAUGUAUAUUUAGUUGUCUAUAAUUUUUUUUCCCCUCAUCAGUGGGUAAAAGAGUUUAUGCCUAAAAUUGGUGAAAAACCUGCUUCAGAAACCACUUCCUCAACCACACCUUAGCAUGCAUUUAUUUCUGCAUAACUUGUGCUUCACGUGCCAUGCAUUGCAUGAAAGUUAAUAUUUUGGGAAAUGCACAAAUUCUUUGCAGCCUAUUGCGGGAAUUCAUGAACGAAAUUUAAAUUUGAAUUUUAAAAUACAAGAGAAUGGCCAGUUUUCUUGCAGGAGGGUAGUUGUCCCGUCUGGCAUGAAGAUCAGACCUGGAAGCGGGGGAAAGGACAAUCUGUUCUGAAGAGCGUGGAAGGUAUUGCUAAGACCCUUUACAAAAAGAAUCAGUUACUUUGCUAGGUAAUAUUUUAGAUUUAAUGCAGACUUGUCUUAAGUUGGGGGGCUGUCCAGCAGUAUUUGUCGUUCAAGGAUUGCCUGCAUCUUUGCAUUGUGAGAAUUUUCUGUACUUGUAAAAGUUAAGUUAAGAAGGGUGCCAAGCAUAAUUUUCCUUGGGUGAAAUACAGCCCCAGCUGCACUGGGAAGUACGUGCUGGUGAAGCACCUGCCGUACUGGUUGCUGUUAGUUGGAAUUGCUAGGUCCAUGUUUCCUCCUGUCUACCAUGGUCUCAAAUCACCUCACUCAAUUUCAAGAAAAACUUACUGGUAUUUUAGUGGUUCUCACAGUGAAGUGAAGGUGGAAUAUAAUUAUCUGUUUUUAAAAGAAGAAUUAAAAACAGAUUCUGACAUGGCUUAACAUAUUUCCAUAAUUUGAAAUAGUGUCUUUGAUAGGGGGACUGUUCUGAUGCCAGUGAUAACUGCAGGUUUGUUAGAGGACGUUGGCAAACUUCCCUAUAGAUGCUGUUUGAUCAGAAUAUGCUUCUGUCUAGAGCUGCUAGAAUGAGCAGAAAUUCCUUUGUGGUUGUGCCUGGUGGCCAAGGCUGUUGUGUUACAGAGAACAGGAAUAGACAGUAAAGAGACUUCCUUUUCCAUUCCACACACACACACAAUGAAGAGAACACUACAGUAGCCUUAUUUGAAUACAUGCUGCAAGUGAAGAAAGAGGUGCUAUGACAAGCUAACUAGAAUGAUUGAUGGAGGUAGGAUUAAAAAAGACUUUUGCACUUACGUUUAACCUAAGACAAGGGUAAACUUUGGCAGGCCUGAAGAAGCGAGAGAAGGAAGACUGGGCAGUGGUUUGUAGCUAUUAGACUUCACUGUAUUCCAGGCUUGGGGUGGAGGGGGCGUGGCUGUAGUCCCCUUCCAAUCAGUGAAAUCAGUAGCAAAAUGUCUCCCCUCUCGUACUGGUGGAGAGAAUAAGCAGCUUGAUCCUUGAAGAAUAGAUUUGCCUCUUGCAGAAUCCUUACAGAUGGUGAGGAACUUGCCAUCACCAGUUGUUGAUCUGUCUCUAUAUGUACCCAGGUUGCUUCCAAGGACUGACUUCUAGGAAUUCAUAGUGCAGAUAAGUGAAAGCUUAUAUUCCAAAGUCAUGUUAAGUAAAAUCCUACAAAGUCCUAUGUUACUUAACGAAUAUGUCAGCAUGUGUUCAACAUUGAUUGAAUCUUCUAAUUGGAGAUUGUUGCAUUAAUGUUUGUGAGGAAGUAUUAUAAUGCCUCCAUGGGUACCAUAAGAUAAGUAAUUCUUUAGGUUAGCCUUUGAAUGGUAAUGUAAGACUGAUGUCUUGCUGAAAUGUCAUACUCAAAAAAGAAGAAACUGAGUUAGUUCCAUUCUCCAGUUUAUUAAGUCAGCACUUCUCAUCUUUUGUUCUAGCAAAGAAAAGUUUGUACGGUAACAGAUGAUGUAACUGUAAUUACAUUAGGAAUGCACAGCUUUAACCUCCAAAUAUUGAAUUGCUUGAUUUUUUUGUAGCUGUAACUUCCAAGUGUCAUCUAUAGACAUAACUGAACAUGAAGCAUGCUUUUCUGUUAUGUUGCUUGGCUAUGUUUUCUUAAAAUUUGGAUUGCUGGAUGGAAAAGAAAUGGGAUUGAAAUGGUAGUGUUACAUUAUCCCAUGCCACAAAUAAAUAGUGAAGGUUACAUUAAUCUGAUGAGGAAGUGUGCUUUGCUCUUCAGUUACCUACAAUUUAAUUGAAAAUAAUGCAUUUAGGAAGCCCUUUCCUAGAUAUUUCCUGUUAAUUACUUGUGUAAUGUAACUUCAUGAAAUGGCAGUGUGUGCCUGAUGCAUUUAGGUGCAAUUUACUGUUAUAACAACGGCAUAAAGCAUAUAAUAUAACAUAUGUUAUAAUAUAGCAUAAACACUUUUCUUGAGUAUUCAAGAAAGUUGCUCCUGCACAUCUGCUAAAACUGAUUGCCCAAAAUGCUUGCACAGCAUAACUCAGGGACUACUGAUUUCUCUACCCAAAUGCUUGGUAUUUUCUUGCCAUGUGCUAUUUGAAUAUUUAUAGCAAAAAUAAGGGCAUUUUCAAUAAUCCUGUGGACCACAACAAACUGACAUCUUUUGACUUCAAUUUUUUUUAAUUGUACCUUUUGAACAACUGUGUUUAUGAAUCAGUUUUUGAGCGGUAGUGAUGACUUCCAUUUGUGAAGAACUAAUAGGAAAAAUAACGUUACAGACACACUGAAAAGCAUUAUAUAUGUCUGUCUGAGUACUUGAUUGGUCAUUAAGCAAGAUGUAUGCAAUAAUUCUGUAUGUAUUUGAGGCAAUAAGAUGAGGCUUCUUAAAUUGAUGUGGAAAAUAAAUUGAUUGUAUGAUUGGAAACUUUAGCAAGAAUAUUGAAAUAAAUGAUAAGAUUUUGUGCAAAAGUCCAGCUUUAUUAUACUAUUUCAAUGGCUGGAAAAGCCAACUUUAAAAAAAAAAAAAAAAAA